CUCUGAAGUUGGCAACAAUAACUUUUUUUUUUUUUUUUUUUUUAAACUAACCUGAGUGACCUCUGAAGUAAGCAACUUAUUGAUCCUUCGACGCCUUUUUCGCCGGAUAAACAUCUCAUAUUCUCAAAAAAAAAAAAAUUACAAACAAAUAAUUUGUUUACAAAAUUUAUUUAAAAUUAAUAGACUUUACAAAUGCCGCUCAAGGGUAAAUUUCAAGAAGAAAAAAAAUCUCCAUUUUUUACAACAGGUGAAAAGGUACUUUGUUUCCAUGGACCAUUAAUAUAUGAAGCGAAAUGUUUAAAGCAUCAAAUAACAAAAGAAAAAACAGUUAAAUAUUUGAUUCACUAUGCUGGCUGGAAUAAAAAUUGGGAUGAAUGGGUACCAGAAAGUCGUGUUUUAAAAUUUAGUGAUAUUAAUGUACAAAAACAAAAAGAUGUACAACGUGCACAUUCAGCUCAACAAUCAUCAUCACAAAAAGGUAAAAAAAGUACAUCAGUUGUUAAAACAAGUGGUAGAAAAUCAGAUGUUGGUAAAGAUAAAGAUUCAGACAGUCGUGCAAGUACACCGUUGCCAAAUAGUGAAAAAUUAACUGGAAGAGUACAUAAAAAUAGUAGUGGUUCUGUAACACCAUCAUCACAUGAUUCAUCAUCAGAUGCACCAAGAAAAAAACGAAGUCGUGUAGAUCCAUCAGUUGAAACUGAAGAACAAUUUUUAACAAAAGUUGAAGUAAAAGUUAAAUUACCAGAAGAACUUAAACCUUGGCUUGUUGAUGAUUGGGAUGCAAUUAAUAGACAAAAAAAAUUAGUUAUUUUACCAGCAAGACAUACUAUGGAUAAAAUAUUAGAUGAUUAUGUCAAAUUUAAAACGUCCAGUAAAACAAAUACACCAAACAAAGAAAGUGCUGUUGUAGAAGUAACAAAAGGCCUUCGGGAAUAUUUUAAUGUCAUGUUAGGUACACAACUGUUGUACAGAUGGGAACGACAACAGUAUGCUGAAAUAAUGAUAGAAAAACCAAAUGUACCACCUUGUGGAAUUUAUGGAGCCAUUCAUUUACUUCGGCUAUUUGUAAAACUCGGAAGUAACUUGUCCUACACACCACUUGAUGAAAAAAGUAUUCAACUAUUAUUGGCACAUAUGCAUGAUUUUCUUCGGUACCUUCAUAAAAACAGCAAUGACUUAUUCAGUCUUCAAGACUACGGUGCUGCACCACCAGAAUAUCAUCGUAAAUGUGGAUAAAGUGUCAAUUAAUUUAUCAAAAUAUUACACAAAUAAUGAUUGAUUAUUUUUUUUUUUUUUAUUUCGAUUAUUUAAAAUUUUCAUCAUAAUUAAAUGGAGAAUUUAAUUAGCAAAUAGCAAGCUUAAAAAUUAUAGAUAAUUACAAGUUAUAUAAAUUUGUAAUUUCUAUAUAUUUCAUCAACUUGAUUAUCUGUGCCGACAAAAAAAAAAAAAAAAUAUCUAUGAGUAGUGAAAGAACAUUUUUAUUUGACGUGACUCACUAGAAGUGAAAAAUUUUAUUGUAAUGUUCAGUUUACUUAACAAUCAUAUCAUAAAUUUGUUUUUUAAGAAAGAAGAUGAAAUAAAUGGAAAAAAAAAACAAUAAAAUUGUGAGUAUGAUUAGAUUAUAAAAUA